UUCAAUACUUGAUAUAUUGGAAUUGAAAACAAUCGAAUCACAACUUACACGAAGUUAUACGAAUGAUCUAAAAGUAAUGAAGCAAGGACAGUGAAGGCAAAAUGUAUAUACAAACAAUUUUAACACUAAGCGUCAUUCUGCUGUGUGAUGCGAAAUUACCAAGAACAAAAUCACACAUUCAGCCAAACGAAUUCCCAUCGAAUCCAAUACAAUACAAUGAUGCACUUCGUCUAUUACAGCCAGAGUUAAAAAAUGAGAAGACUAGCCGCAUAGUCGAUCAGUAUAAAGUAAGACACCGUCGGGAGGUUUUUGAUUCAAAUCUAUACGAUUCUGGCUUAAACUGGACACACUCUGAAAGUUUGGAUCAACAUGGUGACGUUGUGUUGAAAUGGACCAGUUCUCAGAAUGAUAUUACGUUCAGAAUCGAAGCAAGAACCCUUGGUUAUGUUGGUCUGGGGUUCAACUCAGAAGGUAACAUGAGAGGCGCGGAUUUAGUUGUCAGCUGGGUUGACGACGAUACCGGCAGGGCUCAGAUUUUGGACUGCCACGGACUUGAUGUGGAAGGGAAACCAGUUGCCGAUGAAGUGCAGAAUUACGAAUUGAUAUCGGGUCACCAGAAUCAUACGCAUACUACAAUUGAGUUUAGAAGAUUACUAAACACAAAAGAUAACCAGGACUUCCUCAUAAGUGAUGAAACUAUUCAAGUUCUCUACGCUCUCGGACCCCCAGGAUCUGAUGGACAGCUACCGAAACACGUGAAAAGUGGCUCCAAACCUUUGAGAUUACUACAAACAUUGUCAAACCCUAGUUCUGUACCGCUAUUACAUUGGGAUGUUACGAUUGGUAACCUAUCCAUACCACAUGAUAUGGCAACGUUGUUCUGGUGUAAAAUCUUCAAAGUUCCCGAUUUACCAAAGAAACAUCAUAUCGUAGGAUAUUUGCCAUUAAUAGACAGUAGACCGAUCAGGAAUGCUAUACCAGUUGUAGAGAAGAACAGUUUGUCUCCAGUACACCAUAUGGUGUUGUACGAAUGCGCUGUAGACCCUGAUGUAUAUUCAUGGAACGAGUGGGCAGAAGGCAGUGGAUUUUUUGGGCCGAAUCGUCCUAGUGAAUGGGCGAUAUGCGCAACGCCGGUGGCUGCUUGGGCUAUGGGAUCGAAAGGUGAAUUCCUGCCUACGAACGUCGGCAUCCCUCUAGGCGAGAAAGGGGGCGUAUCGUUCUACAUGCUUGAGAUUCAUUACGACAACCAGGCCCUGCAUGAGGUGCUAGAUAAUUCAGGUAUCCGUGUACUGCAUACACCUACACUGAGACAGCAUGAUGCGGCGUUGCUUGGCGCCGGUGUGGGGGUGUCAGCAUUACACCUUAUACCACCAAAACAACGGCAGUACAGGACCGUGGGCAUCUGCGGUUCUGAAUGCACUAAUAGCCUGUUUCCAGAUACCGGUAUAAAUAUCGUGUCUGUACUAUUACACGUGCAUGGAACCGCUCGCAAAAUAUCCCUCAAACAUGUGAGAGGACAACAGGAGCAGGAGGUGAUAUCUGAGGAAAACUCUUACGAUGCUCGAUAUCAACAAUCUCGAGUUGUUCCUGGAGGAAGAAAGUUUUUGAAAGGAGACAUUUUGAUCACGGAAUGUACUUACGAUACGACAACACGCGAUAAACCGAUUUUAGGGGGAUAUUCCACCUCACAGGAGAUGUGUCUGUCCUUUGUUCUGUAUUACCCACGGACAGAACUGGCUGGAUGCUACUCGAUGACUCCAGUCGACGAAUUCUUCGAAACAUUCGGCGUAAAGGAGUUCUAUUUUAUGAGCAUGACUAAAAUACAGAAUUUGUUUCUGUCGUCUGGAAACCUAGAUAAUAUUACAUCACCGUGGGAGUUUGAUAUGAAGAGUAGAAACUAUGUGGAAGAGACUGGUUUACAAGGGGAUGAUCAGGGCGUGAGAUUGUUGGAAUCUCUAGUUAUAAAGAACCCUGCCGAAUUCCGUAACAAGUCUUUCAUGGCGCACUUGAACGAAAUGCAAUGGUCCGAGCCUCUACUCACCGAGCCUAUAGAACGUCGGCUAUACCGAGGUCUUCAUAUGAUGUUCUGCAAAAAGCAAGACGAUACUUGGGGAACUCCAAUCGAAAUCCAGGCCUAUCCUAUCUACCACGCACUGCCAAGCAACGACAUAUCAGAAAAACAUUACAAACGAGUCAAGCUGCCAUCAGUGACAUCGGCAGCACGGUCGACUAGACGCCAGUUUUGGUCGGCCAUCUUGGCCGUAUGUCUCACUAUUAUUGCCAUACGGUAAUAAGAAAAAACUCUUAAAAUAGUACAUACAACCAAUGAUGUUAUGUUGUUUUUAUUUUUCGUUUGAAUUUUUAUUUAAAAAAAAACUUCUGUUAUAAAUCGAAUACAACGGAUACUCGUUUUUCAAUAUCUUAGUAUUAUUUUGCCAAAUUAUAUUGUAUGAUAAACUAUGUUAUAUUUAUCUGUUCACAGUGAUUAUGGCAAGAGGUGAGAUGUAUUGUGUAAUUGAUGUAAUUGUGAACCUAACCAUAGGUUUUAAGGGUUCUUUGUCGUAUUUUUUUAAUAAAUUGUACGAACGUGAGUGAAUAUAUUUUGUGAUCAUUGUACUUAUGAGCUUUUGCUCAUGACGCGACUUUGUAAUUUACCAAUUUUAUGGUAUUGAAUAUUAUUGUUUUCUAAUGAUUCUUAUUUGCUCUACCUUAAACCACUUAUGGUUUAUGGCCUUUUUUAUCUUUUGAUUUUAUAAAUGUUCUUCAUCAGAAAAUAAUUUCUUUAAAUGUGAAUAAGUAGAUCCUAUGUUUUCAUUAAGAGUUGUUUUGAGAUCAAUUUCGUUUCUCCCCAUUUUUCUCGUGAAUUCUCUGUUUAAAUAAGUACAUUCAAAUGAUUUAUUUUGUAUUUCAAUUUCUAUUCCAUUGCUGUUUAGAGUAAUACUAUUUAUUCUAUUUAUAAUAUCAUCAAUAUUUAUGAAAAUAUUUUAGUACAAUAGGCUCAAUAUAUGAAUAAGAUAAAAUGCCUUAUCGACUGUACAAUAUUCCAAUGCAAUAAAAUUAAAUAUUAAGUGGUUGCACUAAAAUAUGUAUAGGUUAUUUCUUAAUUUAUUUAUUGCCUCUCUGUAUAAACAUUAGUUUUUACGUCUUUUCUUAAAUUCUGUUAAUAUAUACUGAUAAGUCAUUAGAGACUAUCAAGUAUGCAGACACUGCAAAACUGAGACUGUACAUUGCUUAGUGUUAUUAUUAAGGUUAUUAUUAAUAUCAUAAUCGCAGGUACAAUAAUAAAUUGCAUUGACUAAAAUUUUUUUUGUACAUUCGCGAACAUAAAAAUAUGCGGAAGAAAGUAUGGGUUGGGGACAAAAAUUCUGUGCAUUUAAUGCAAGAUCUUUAAUAUAGUUUUAUUUUAAUUAAUGCGGUUUAUUGUUAAAUAUGCGUAUGUCUCAUAUCUAUUUUUAUUAUUCGUGUAAAAAAAGUCCAAUUGCAUGAUUCUAACAAUAAUAAUUAAUGAUGUUAAUCUGAACAAAAAGAUAUUAUGUUUUGAUGUGAGUUAAUUGUAUGAAUUUUUUUAAAGAAAAUUGACACUGCUGUAAUUGAUUCCUAUUUUUAUAUAUUUUUUACGAAUACUAAGAAUUCCGUUAUUUUGUUACAUUCUUGCAUAUGCUGUGCUUGGUUUGUUUGAUGUAUUUGUACCAAAUUAUUAUUUUAAUGUCCUUUCAGGAAACGUAUAAAGGAAAUUACAUAAAAACAAGAAAUUUGUACGCGCAAAUCCAAUGGCUCAGAAAGACACAUUCAAAUCAAAUAGAUUUAUUACAGAUGUAAAGUUUAAAAGUGCUUGUUAUAUUUUUUCCUAUUCUGGAAAUAAGAAAAAAUACAAGCAAUGCCCGUAAUUAUCUAUUUUGCUUCAAUUAUUUCAUGUACAUUAAAAUAAUUUCUUGUAAGGGAAAUGUUUUUUCUUGAGUAAAUUAAUGCAACUCUAGACUUGUCGUAAAUCUAAGAAUAUUAAUCGUAUAAUAUUUCACGGCUGUGUUUUAUUGGAUCUACGGUUAUAUUGUUUCUAGAAUUAACAUAUUCAAAUAAAGUUAUAAUAAAUAAAACCGUUGAGAUAAGUAGUUGGUAAAGUUAUUUCGUCAAUCAGAAAAUAAAUUCAUAUAUCUGAACUGAUCUUCACAAAUUAUAAAUGAAGACUAUCUCAAACACGUCAACGCCUUUCGAACAAAAAGGAACAUCAUAACCUGUGAUGCCUCAAACGGACAAAAUAUCAGUGUCACAAAAAUUGUUGUCUUUAUAAUUACCAAAUUAAAAAUUAACAUCAAUGUUUGCUUUUUUUACAUAAAAAUGUAUAACUUUUAAAUACACUGUGGCAGAUAUGUUUAUUUUGAACUAUGUAUUUAUAAUUGUUGUAUUGUAGAAACAUUGUAACAGUAGAUAUCAAUUCCGUAACGAACUUUAUUUUUCGAGUCAUAAUGUUAGUAACUGCAUUUCGAUUAUUACUUUAUAGGUGUUGUCCUAAGGUUUAGUUAAUAAGAAUACGCUUAGUAAUUAAUUUUUUUUAUUUAUUUAAAAAGUCAAUAUAAUGUGUUUUAUUACUUUA